CCGCACAACUGCUAAAGCUCCAGAGACAGGAGCGCGUGCGGCGGGGCGGCAGCAGGAGCCGCCACCUCCGGGACCACCGCGGCUGAGGCGGCAGCGGCGUGGGAGGGGGCGAGGGGCGGGACUGGCCGGCGCCGGCGGCCGGGGUCUGGGAAGGACUGAGUCGCUCGCGGCGGCCGGGAGCGCACUCGCCGCUCCUGGAAGUGUUGCGGCUUCGCUCGCAGUCGCUUUGCUCGCGGCGCUCCUAGAAGGGGCGGCCGUCUCCAGGUGACACAGACGGGACUCCCGCUUGCGCUUUCCAGAUGCAUCAGAGAUACUUUUGGACUGACCAGGGCCAAGUGGCAUUCGGCGGGCACUUCAUGGCGGAAGGUGAAGGGUACUUCGCCAUGGCCGAGGACGAGCUGGCCGGCGGCCCCUACAUGCCCCUGGGCUGCGACUUCAGCGGCGGCAGCGACGUGGUGGGCGGCUGCGGCUUCGACGAGCCCGGCUCCGACUACGGCGACAGCCCCACGGCGCACUGCAACGUGCUCAACUGGGAGCAAGUGCAGCGGCUGGACGGCAUCCUGAGCGAGACCAUCCCGAUCCACGGCCGCGGCAACUUCCCGACGCUCGAGCUGCAGCCCAGCCUGAUCGUGAAGGUGGUGCGGCGGCGCCUGGCCGACCGGAGCAUCUGCGUCCGCGACGUGCGCCUCAACGGCUCGGCGGCCAGCCACGUCCUGCACCAGGACAGCGGCCUGGGCUACAAGGACCUGGACCUCAUCUUCUGCGCCGACCUGCGCGGGGAAGAGGAGUUUCAGACUGUGAAGGACGUCGUGCUGGACUGCCUGUUGGACUUCUUGCCCGAAGGGGUGAACAAAGAGAAGAUCACCCCGCUCACGCUCAAGGAAGCUUAUGUGCAGAAAAUGGUUAAAGUGUGCAAUGACUCUGACCGAUGGAGUCUUAUAUCCCUGUCAAACAACAGUGGCAAAAAUGUGGAACUGAAAUUUGUGGAUUCCCUCCGGAGGCAGUUUGAAUUUAGUGUAGAUUCUUUUCAAAUCAAAUUAGACUCUCUUCUCCUCUUUUACGAAUGCUCAGAGAACCCAAUGACUGAAACAUUUCACCCCACAAUAAUCGGUGAGAGCGUCUAUGGCGAUUUCCACGAAGCCUUUGAUCACCUUUGUAAUAAGAUCAUUGCCACGAGGAACCCAGAGGAAAUCAGAGGAGGAGGCCUACUGAAGUACUGCAACCUUUUAGUAAGGGGCUUUAGGCCCGCCUCUGAUGAGAUCAAGACCCUUCAGAGGUAUAUGUGUUCCAGGUUUUUCAUCGACUUCUCAGACAUUGGAGAGCAGCAGAGAAAACUGGAGUCCUAUUUACAGAACCACUUUGUGGGAUUGGAAGACCGCAAGUAUGACUAUCUCAUGACCCUUCAUGGAGUGGUGAAUGAGAGUACAGUGUGCCUGAUGGGACAUGAAAGAAGACAGACUUUAAACCUUAUCACAAUGCUGGCUAUCCGGGUGCUAGCUGACCAAAAUGUCAUCCCUAACGUGGCUAAUGUCACUUGCUAUUACCAGCCGGCCCCCUAUGUAGCAGAUGCCAACUUUAGCAAUUACUACAUUGCACAGGUCCAGCCAGUAUUCACAUGCCAGCAACAGACAUACUCUACUUGGCUGCCCUGCAAUUAAAAAUCAUUUAAAAAUGUCCUGUGGGGGAAGCCAUUUCAGAUAAGAUAGAAAAAAAUAAAAAAGAAGGGAAAAAAAAGGCUGCGUGACCCAGCCCUGAUUAGGGAUGUGUUUUGUAUAAUGAUGAUCUGCUCCUGAUUUUAAGCUUGGCAAAGUUUGUGGAUCCUUUCAUAGAUAUGGGAGCAUGAUCUUAAAAUGAUCCCCACCCACCAUCAACCCAUGCACCAAAUCUGCCUACCCAAUAAGAUUCUAUUCUGAAACAAAAGAGACCUGUCAUUGAAAACAACCAGGUUCUCCUAAAAUAACAAGGGGAAAAAAUGCUUGAUGACAAUAUGGGUUUGCAGUACCUUGCUCCCAUAGCUUUGCCAUAUGGGGUAGGGGGUGGCGGGGGGGGGGGGGGGAGUUUCUUAUAAGUUGGAAUUCACAAAAGGGAAAAUACAGAGGAAAAAAUAUCUCACCCCAACUUAAUUAUCAAAUCAGGAGUUCAGAUAGUAAUAAUACAGGAAGAAGGGAAACUCUAACACUGGGAUUAUUAUCUGAAGCUUGUAGCAAGUGCUUUUUGUGAAACUAUCCUAUUGCGUUAACAGAAAUGGCUUACUCCAAAUGAACAGUAGUAGGUUGAUGCAGUUUUCACAACAAACAGCAGAACUUACGAUGACACAAUCCAUUAUUUCCAGCUGCGUGUUUAGUUUGCAUUUUUAAAAUGUGCAAAUGCAAGCAAAAACAGCUGUAGAAAGGAAAGUAUGUUCAAGGACCAAAGAUUUAACAGAUAAAAAUACCCAAGUAGAAGAGAUAUAGUAGAAUAUAUAAAGAGUUACUAUAUUUGUUACACACCAAUAUACAUCAAAGUGCCUGUUGCCUUCUGAAAAUUUGAAGUGAAAAAUUUUUAUGGUUUAAUGAUUAUUUUGUUUUAUCAGGGACUAAAGAAAUAAAACAGCAUAAGCUUGUGAAUGGUGGAAGAAAUGCCCUAUUUUUUCUUGGCAAAUACUUGUAUAAAGCUAACAUUGUUGGUGUGAUAUUAUAGGUUCAUGUGUAUGUAUAUUAUGUGUGUAUAUAGACAUAUUUGGGAUAUGAAUAUAUUCACACAACACAUUGACUAUGGUCUAAUGUAGCAUAUAGGAAAUGUUUAAAUACUGUGCUUUUAUGUUUCAACAGGAUGACAUGAGACGUGGGCAUAUUGCAGUGAUGAAUUAAAACCCACAUCUAAAAAUGUUAAAGCAAAUGAAGGAGGAAAACAAGUAAUAUAUUUGAUAGGAAGUACAGAGAUUAUACAUUUUUAGUGAGUGUUUUUUCCCUUUUUUUGUCUGUGUGUGAACCAUAGAAUUCCAAAAAUGGGAGAAUAUUUGUUUGGUAGAGCACUCUUUUUUUUUUAUAUUUAACUGCCAUUUUGACAGUUUGAACCCUUUUAUUGUUUUUUAUAUUACUUGCAUGUUUCCACAGUGUAUAAUCCAGUAGAUUCUGGAUCCAUGAUAGUCUAUUUAAAUCCCUAAAAAGAAUUUCUGGUGAUCUGAACACUACUUAUUAAUAUUUAAAUGAAAAUUUUAAUGAAUGCCUUCUGCAUUCUAAGACCACUAGAAUUUAGUAAAUGUGAAAUGAUCCCUUUUAAAGAGUAUUUGCACAAUUGUUUAAAAUUUAUAUAUGAGAUAUAUAUAUUAUAUAUAAAAUUUUAUAAAUUCAUGCCAAUAUGAAACAUCUUUGAUCUGGUUGUCACACUGCAUUUAAAUAGUUAGUACUGUAUUUUAAAUUCAAUCACUUUGCAUUGAAUCAAAUCCAACUUUAUUUUCUCUUUCUCAAGAAGCCAUUUAUAGCUUUGUGAAAUGAAUUGGCAUUACUAUUUCAGUUCAAUGUCAGCUAAUCCUAACACCAUUCCUUCUCCCAGCUCUAAAUUCCUUUGGACACUGGUAUCUGAAAAUGAAUUUAUUAAAAACAAAACUAACACAUAAAAAAUCUUCCCUUUGUAUUGUGAAACAGCCGCAUAAUCCCUGUCAACUCUAGUGGAUGACUGCUUACUAUGAUAAUUUCUAUGAAGAACCAACGAGAUUUUAAAAAUCUGAUCUGUUAAAGAGGGGCUGGGGAAAAGAAUAGCAUCAUCCUACAUGGCAGUGUAAUUUGUUUAUGGUUUUCUGGACAUCACUCAGAUGCCAAAUUAAUCCACCCAAACUACCUUUCACACAUCUUUCUUUGAAGCCCUAACAGGAACUUGAUGGGUUUGCUGUAGCAGCUUCCCUGUGAAUUUGACAAAGCUGUAACAGCUACUGCACUGCCACUUACCGUUUCCUAGGGGACUCUUCCUUCUCCCAUGUUGGCUCAGUCUCCCUAUCUCCAGCCUUGAGUUUGAAAAAUUAAUUGUGAAUCCCCAGAAAAUAUUCCAUUUUCAGAAUAAGCCUGAUACUUAUCUAUAAGAAACCAGAGCUCUGCCUGCUUCCCGGUUGGAAGUUUUCUGAAAGAAUACUAGGGAAUGCUUGGGAACGUCUGAGCAGCCCGUAAUCUGCCAUCUUCCUUCUCAUCCUAACUCUUGACAAGUGAGUUGUCCACUGUUUUGAAAAGAAUCUGAAGAUCUCUGGCUCUUCUAUAGCAACAACCUGUUGUUAAUUUAAUGACAGAUUUUUGUUUACAGGGGCCUUAUUUGAAAAUACAAUUUUCAUUUAUUUUCUCAAAUAUUUAUGUUCUUUUCUUGCUUACUCCAGGGUUGGUAGCAUAAUUGGAAGUGCCAGCCCCUGGCAUUCAGAUAGAACAGGUUGUGCUCAAGACAACCUUCAGUAUUUACUUUAAAGUUUAUAUAAUUUAUUUCUCUUUUGUAUGUACUAUAGUCUUGUGCAUAUGUAGUUCAACAAACAGUGGAAUAUAUGUCUCUCUUUAUGGAUGUGUGGCCUAAAAAUUUGAAUGUUUGCUGACAAAGAUCCGUGUGUAUAGGUCAGAGAAAAGAACAGCUCUCAACUCCUGAUUAGUGCCUGUGAUUUGCUUGCUUUUGUGUUUAUCUGGCCUAGUGUGCUGUUAUUUUAAAUAGGAAGAAGUUUUAUCUUCUGGAGGCUCUUCUCAUCUAUCCAGGCUGGUAUGUCAGCAAACACUUACUCUGUGACAAUGCCCUUUUAAAAAGUUUACUUCGUUUGCAGUAAAUAUGGUUGCCUCAAGAAGUCUUUUCCCUUCCAGAAAUGAGGUCAAGCAUCUGCUCACUUUGGUAUUAGGUGGACUAUUUUAGCAUGGCUCCCAAAAAAUGCAAGAUGGAAGACUAUCUGUAAACCAAGCCAAGGGAGAAAUGCAAAGAAAAGUGAACAUGCUGUUUUUUGCCACCCCUUUAUGUUUGCUUAUUGUUGGUUGCUUUACUGUGCAUAAAGUUGUUUUCAGUGCAAUACUUGUCAAGUAAAUAUUGUGAACUAUCCUGUAAAUCACAUGUAUUAUGUUGAAAGCUAUCAGUUCAAAAAUAUGCUUUUUUGUUAUUUGAAGACAAAGUGUGUUAGAUGAAACCAAAAAGCCAAAAAAAAGGUAAUUUCAUAUAUAGCACCUAUUUGAAUAUAAUCUUUCUUUAAGAUUUCUUAUAGCAUAGCCUUUUCAGUGCUAAGAAAGAAUCUCUGUAAUAUUUUGUUGUAAUAAUGGCUUGCUAACAAAGUGUGUGGUAAAAGUACGAAGUUGGAAGGAGUCAAGGUAACUUGGCAAGAUUUGCUGCAAAGCCUUGUGGAAUGGAGGAGGCUCUGCCCGCUGGCUCUCUCUCUCUCUCCAGCCUCGCUCCAACCACUGCCUGCUCUGAGACAUCCUAUUGCAGCAAGCUGCACCUAGGGUCACUCCUUUGGAAUAUUUUUGACUUCAGACUAUGUCACAGGCAGAAAAGGAGUUGAUGGAGAAUGGACUCUUAAAAACUGACAUGUUUGAAUCAGUGCUAGAGGGAACAGAUUAUGAAUUUUGUUUACAGCAUCCAAUAUUUGGAUUUUCUUUUUUGUAAAUAAAAAGAAGUUAUUUUUUUCUA